AUGCAAGUCACCUUCGCCCUGUCAAAUUUGAAAGGACAAGCAAAGACUUGGGCCUUAGGGCUCAAGCUUCACGACCCAAACGUGUUUGAGUCGUUGGAGAUCUUGAAGUCUCGACUCAUAGAGACGUUUGAGCCGCCACGAGCCGAGUUCAGAGCAUGUUCUGCACUCCUGAGGCUCAAGCAAGGUAAGCGUGAUGUGCAAGCUUACGCUCAAUACCUACGCUACCUUGCGAGUAGCGUUGCGGAAAACGCUGUUGAUGAGCACACACUCAUCAACGUGUUCAUCUACGGCCUUGUAGAUGUACCGGAGAAGACCUACAUGUUCCGAGAGGACUUCCAUACACUGGAAAAGGCAAUAGCGUAUGCGGAACUAGAAGACUUCAGCCUGAGACAGUCUCAGGCUAACUCUUCAAACUAUCGUCCGCCGAGACGACAGGAAACCGGAGGUCCCGAACCAAUGGACCUCUGUUACAUCGAGAGCGAGAACUCUCGCUCUCUGAGUCACAAGUGA